UAGCAGCAUAUGGUGUUGUUAAAGGGUCGUCAUUCCAUCUAAUAUAUCUUAUAGUCUUUUAGAUCAUUCUAAAUAUUUAACAAACCAAUUCAGGCCAAGUGGAAGGAUAUUAAACAUGUUUUGCUUAUUCUACGGGGUUCCUAAAAUCUAAUUAAUUAGUAUCCUUUUUGAAUUUAGAAAGAAUGUGGAUCCUUCGAAAAGUCCAAGAGAGUGCCGAGAGCUUUCCAGUGGAGAUAACCCGACUUGUGAGUAAAAACUCAGAUGAGAUCUCAGCCAAGGCAAAUCUUCUCAACAAACUCCACAGCAAUGUCCUGACACCAGAUAAAAUUCCAGAUUUCUUCCUGCCUCCCAGGCUGAGUAGACGCUCUCUAGUUGCAGUGGAGGGCAUCGUUUCACACUGCCUUGGUGAAACUGGAGCCAACUGCACUCAGACACCUCAACCAAAAUCUGACACAACUACUACAGUGAUGAAGACAGAUAUAAACAAGGGCACCAGUGUGGGCAUGAGGGGCCACCUAAAGCCAAUUCCGUUUUCACUUAAAAACUAUGAGUCUGGUUUGUUCGAGAGUCCAAACACUCGGCGCAAAGAGUCAUUGUUUCACUCUGCAAUUUCCAGCUACACACUUGAGCGGGUGACCAAUAGGGCGUUGCCAAAACUACCCUCCAUAGCACUGCUGAAGGUGGGUAGUGUGGAGAGUGACACCAGUUCGUCUGCUGAUUCCUCUCCUCACAGCUCACCACCUCCAAUCAGGAGCAAACAUGAGACCAUUUCGAUGACACAUUCAUCAUCAAAAGAAUCUCUUCAUAAAGAUGAUUUACUGAGCCCAAAAAACACAGAUGACAAGAUCAAAUUGGCAAGAGAUAACCAUGUUGCUCAACCUGCUACCUCAACUUUAACCCCACCUCUUCAAUUCCCACUCGACAUGCUCCAUUGUCAGGAAUGCCUCCAUAGUGAGCACGUCCUCCUCCUCCCACGCAGGGGCUGCAUUCGUCUCUCUGCCUCUCAUGCCAACAUGGAUGGAGAUCAAUCCACCAUUCGAAUUCGGGUGGUCUCCGUGGAGGACAUGCGUGAACCUGGUGACCUCCGACCACUGCACUGUGGACUCACCUUGAGCCUGAGUCCAGGCAAGCUGCAGCGGCAGCACAGCGCUAUCAUCAGGAACUGCCGCAACCCCGUGUUCAACGAGGACUUCUUCUUCACAGAACCAGAGGGAGAGAAGCAAGGGCUGAAGAACUUUGCUCUCAGGGUGAAGGUGCUGGAGAAGAACCCUGGUCUGGGAAGGGCUGCAGUGCUCGGGGUUAUCAUCAAGCCACUCACUGAGCUACUAGCAUUGUAAAAGCAAUACUAAAAGUCAUCUUUCCACCAUGAAACUCUAUGUGCUUGACUUGAUUUUGAUAGUCAGAUCAUUUUGACCUGAGAAUAGAAUGCUGUUUUUUGUUUUGCUUUUA